AUGCCUGCCUACCGCAUCCAUCUCGUUACCCACAGCGGCGGCAAGCCUGAUUGCCUUUGGGUCUUAAAAGGCGAAGCCCGCGGUCGAUGCAUCCAGAUUGUUCGCGACCCUGAGAAAGGUUAUCGUCUUGACACCUCGUAUCUUGCCUAUGCCACUGAAAUCCCCUACUACUUCGAGCACGAGUACUACGAAAGCAUUAGCUUCGAGGAUUACGACAAGUUUAUGGUACUUCUCAACGGCCUGGUUGCUGAACUCAAGCAGAACAAAAAUACCAACCAGCAAAUCCCCGUCGAUUACGUGACCAAGACCGUCAAAGACUUCUUUGAGAAGCGCGACCCGCUUCACAUUACCCCCCAGUGA